AGGAGGACGACAACGGCGACGGCGAGGACGACGACGAGGACGGAGGACGGCCGGCGACGACGGAGGGGGUGGAUAUCCACGCGGGAACACGAGGCAGGCGCACCCGGCCGGCACGCACACACACAUAUUCUAAGAUGUGAUUUCAAAAAUGGCGGAUUGCCCCUAUGCCCGCUGCAUACAGGAACGCAGACACAUCCGACGGGAGCUGCUGCGAUGGACAAAGAAUAUGGUCUUCGUAGUCGGUCUGGAACGGGUAGCGGAGGAGUUGAUGGGCCGUAGGAGAUGGAAGCAAUAUCAGGACACCCUGUACAGCGGUACUCGCAGCAGCGAAUCAUUGACGGCACAGCCCCACCACCGGCUAUACCCGGCGUUUUCGUCGUCCUGCGACCCGGUGCCCGGCAGCUUGGAACAAAUCGGGCCGCCGCGUACCCUUCAUCCGGCGUCCUCCACGUUGCCCACAACGGUACAGACGACAACGUGCACGGUACCAGCUGCAGCGACGACAACCUCGACGGCCACGACCGCGACGACGGCGGUAACGACACCAGGAACAACGGCGACGACCACGGGCCUGUGCAAGCAGGAGAGCCUGCAAAGGCACAGCCUGCAAAAUCAUCAUCAUCCGCAUCACCAGUCUUCGGUUCAAGACCAUCGUCGUCACAAUCAACAAGAGGACCAACGUCGUCUCAGGCCGGACGAGGUGAAGGUCGAGGUCAACGAGGACGAGUUCCAGAACGGUGUCGCGCGAGACGAGUCGUCGGCGACGAAGACACCGGAAACGUCGACGAGUAUAUCGGUGACAACAGCGACGACGUCGACCACUGGCAUCAGUAUCGCCACCACCACCACCGCCGCCACCACCACUGUCAACAGCACCGCGACCGGAAACGCGACGAUCAUCGCGUCCCCGAACACCACGGCCACGAUGACCACCGGAACGACCACGAUCCCGACCAGGCGACGACGAAAACGCCGACAGAACGACGGAGACGGUGCCACGGACGACAGAGAGGACGACGACGAGAACGAGGAAGAGGAGGAGGAAAGGGUCGGCCUGAACGAGGCGGAGAAGAGGCUCAAGCUCGAUCAGGAUACGGACAGGCCGGUCAGUCCUCUCAGACGGGACAAGGAUCGAGCAACUCGGGAUCAUCCGCAUGCCAAUGCUACCGACACGGAAGGGACCAAGGAACGAACGGAGGAAGUCGCGUUGGUACGGACACCGGUGACGCAGGGCUUGUUGAGAGUGAAGAAGGAAGAGGAGUUGCAAGAACCGGCGAUCUCUGGAGGCGGGCCAACGAUACUGACGGCAUCGGAUUCGGAUGGCACCAGGUCAGGGUUGCCGUGUCGGGAGGUUGACUCGGCCGCCAGGAACACGGUGGCGCCGUUUCUUACCGGUGGACGACGCACCAGCCCACCGCCGGAAGACUGGAAGCCAACGGACAAGUGUUACUUUUGCCUGGACGGCAAGCUACCGCACGAUGAUCAGCCGCCCCUUAGUCCGCAGAGCGACAGCAGCAGCAGCUCGCGAUCGGCCGAGUCACCGAUGUCGGUCCAGGUGGACCCGAUGGCGGCGUCCGUGGUCGCCGCGGCCCUUAGCGGCACCUACCCCACCCUGCUGCCCCAAUGGUGUCUACCACCACGGGAGGCGCCUCUUGUCGGGGUGCAAGCUCAUCAGGACAGCGCAACGCCGGUCGAUCAGCCGCUCGACCUGUCGGCCAAACCCAAAAAUUCUCAGGACAACAACAUAUCCCUUUUGGAGCAACAGAAAAUACCUCUAAGGAUGCCAGCUGGUAUCGACCCCAAGAGUAUCUUUAAUUCGUGUUAUCGGGCGAAACCGCGUAUGACCGGGCCAGUGGCGGCUGUGACGGCGGCGGCGACAGGCGUCGGUGGUGUCCCCGUGGUGGGUGCCGGGGGCGGCCGGAGGACCUACACCGAGGAGGAGCUGCAAGCCGCCCUUAGGGACAUCCAGAGCGGCAAGCUCGGCACACGAAGGGCGGCCGUGAUCUACGGGAUACCGCGCAGCACCCUGCGGAACAAGGUCUACAAGCUCGCGAUGGAACGCGAAAGGGACGCGUCCCUGACAAGCACCCACUCACACCCUCACGAGCCCGGCGCCCAAGCCACCACCACCACCACCACCAUCACCACCACCACCACCACUACUACUACUACAACAACAACAACACCACCAAAUACGACCCAAAACGCCUCCGCGACCACUCCGCCCCCGCAAGUGGAUGAGGUGGACGACAAGGAACUGUCCGGAGCCGAAGAGGAGAAAGAAGUCGAGAAAGCUCUGCUGAAGCCGUUGUUGUCCCUGGAAGAUCUUGUCAGAUUCUCCGCCCUCGAGGGCGGCGGCCGUGAUUCCCUGCGAACGUUGCUUCAACGGGGACAAGAGACGGGAACUGAGUGGCCGGGACUCGAACACGCGAAUAUCGGUCCGUACAUACAGAAGAUGCUUGCAGCGGCGGCGCCGUUCAAAGGUUUGGAGACGCAAGAAUAUCGCAUUCCAGAGGUGAUGAGGAGGCUGAUGAGCGAGGACAAGAGGCUAAACAAGAGCGUAAACGGGGACCAGUCGCAGCCGCAUCAUCAGCAAUUUCAUCAUCAACAAUCCCAUUCGCAGCACCAGCAGGCAAGCUCGCAGACGCAACAACGGGGCCCGAUGACGAACGACGACUUCAAUCCGAACAUCGAGGAGGAGGCGAGCGACAGCGCUCAGGGGAGAGCGAUUCUAAAGAUUCCGUCCUACAAGCCCGCCAGCACACCGGGUUGUUCCAGCAAGAACGGCGAACCGACAUCCGCCGCGUUCGCCCAAGGUUUCGCGACCGCGGCGUCCAGUCCGGGACUGCUGGAACGGGCCAGUCCGGCGUUCUCCGGGACCAGCAGCCCGACCAACUCGCUCGUAGGGAAAACGGUGGCGGUGAACUUUCGGGACGUGAUCGCGAAAAGUAUCAGCGUCAAGUUCCAAGAGGGCCAGCCGGUGGUGGCCACGGCCGGUAUGGCCGGAUGUCAGCCGAGCGGCGGUGUGGUGCAAUCGCAACAGACGAUGAUGACGGAACCGAGCCCGUUCAAGAGAGGUCGAUACACACCGCCCCAGCCGGCCGCGCAACAGGCGCAAACGCAGGCGUCGAAGUCGCAACAACAGGCCCAGGAGGCGAACAAACCGAAACCGGCGACCGGCGGCAAAGGGACGCGACCUAAACGCGGCAAAUACCGGAACUACGAUCGGGACAGCCUCGUGGAGGCUGUACGGGCGGUGCAACGGGGCGAGAUGAGCGUGCAUCGAGCGGGCAGCUAUUACGGAGUUCCGCACUCCACCCUCGAGUACAAAGUCAAGGAACGACACCUCAUGAGGCCGAGGAAGAGGGACCAGAAGCAGACGGACGACAAAACGAAAGAAACAGCGGCCGCGGCCGCGGCAGCUGCGGCUGCGAACAUGCGACCCGGAACCGCCGAGAAGAAGCCGCAACUGAAGCCGCAGAAACCGUUCACACCGCCGGCCGGUAUCACGGGACCGAACGGACUGAAGAUGCCGCCGUUCAUGGAAGGUAUGCCGCAUUUACCGUUCGCCCCGUUCAACUUUUGGAAUCCGACGCCGUUCAUGCCGUCGCCGUUCAUCGCCGGCGCCCCGAACGUCCCGACGAUCCUGCCGGAACAGUAUUUCGCGACCAGUCGGAUGCGCGGGCUGCAGGAACAACAGAGAAGCGCGGCGGCGAUGGUGCAACAGCAGCAACAACACAACAAUCCGCAAAGGGAUCGCGAUGGGAUCGGUGUGUCGUCGUCGUCGUCAGCGACGACCACAGAAUCGCCUGGCACGUCAAACAACUCUCGUGGCACACCGAUGCCAGCGAAGGGAUCGAGGGAUGUGUCCGAUAGCCUGUACGACGGUUCAGCGGCGAACGGGAGUUUUCUGGACAGUCUGAUCAGGUCUAGCCUCGAAACAGGAAUACCAAGGGACCAGAGAGCGGCGAUGACCGAGGCGAGGGGUCAGUCGCAGCAGCAAUCGUCCUCGCAGCAACAGCUCCCGGACGCGAUGAGAGGCGGGAAAGCGUUGAUCGAUCAUCUCUGUCGUAAUUCGAGGCGGACACCGGUGCCGCGACUCGCGCAGGACAGCAGCGAGGACGAAAGUUACAGGGGACCAUCGUCCACCGGUGGAAGAUCGUUACCGGAUAGACCGGAACGCGUGCCCACCGUCGAUCUCAGCCCGUCACCCUCGGAACGUGGUCGUAACGACGACGGUAGCGAUCGUCUUACAUCACCGCCGACACCUGUCUCGAGAGCUGGUAGCAGGGACGAGGACGGUGGACGUGACACGAGGAUCGAUCGGAGCAGCAGGGAGCGCGAGGUUCAUAACGGCGGCGGGCAAGAGGAUCGCGAGAAAAAGACUUUGACCGUUCAGCAGUCGCAAACGCAGCAGCCACCGCUGAAUCACUACCCGGACUUACUCUACGCCGUAUCAACUGACAAAAAAAGUGCCUGUGAUAGUAAGCUUAUAGUAGAUCAUUCGAGCCAGAAGACUCAGCAGCAGCAGCAGCAGCAACAGCCGACUACGCAACAGCAGCCGCAACAGAAAGAGUUCGCCGCUGUUAGCGGGCUUGUUGUGCAACUGCAGCGGGGCUACAACACCGGGAGCAACAGAACCGGCGAGCAGACCAACAGUCAGCAGUCGGCGACGGAGCAACGCGGCCCCGUGAUCAGUAUGGAAGACUCCGUUGACCAGUAGAGAGAGAAAAGUCGGUAUCGUUGAUCAGUAAAAGUAAUAGAGAGUAAACGGAAAGAAUUUAUACGGCGAGAAAUGGUCCGUAUACGGUAAGCCCAUUCCCGCCCAAUGCUAGACGGCAUUUUUCACACGCGCAGCACCGCGGCGUCGACCUCGUACACGCCACGGGACCCCGAGAACCACGGAGAUGUUUGCCCUCUCGCCGCCCUCUCCUCUUAUCUUCGUUCCGAUAUCGUAACCGCUAUGGUCAGCCCCUCCCGAAUUUCGGCUUCUAUUCUUCCUCUUAUUUACGCCCC